GCGACAAAGCGAAAAAGGGAAAAUUGUUGGAGGAGUUAAAGAAUGUAGUAAAGGAAGGAGACCGCCCGAGCGAUGUAAAAAGAAAGGUUAAAGACAUUCAGUUAAGGGAUAGUAUGGGACAAGAACAGACCCAAUUAUAUUAUAAUUUUGCGUGCGAGUUAUGCGAACAAUACCGAAGGCAAGAACACCAAAACUUCGUAAAGUUGGAGGGAAUUGGAUUGGACCCGAAUAAAGUUUAUAUUGUUUGUGAUACUUGUAUUGAUACGGGAAGGGCGAAUGUGAUAAAACCGAGGAAUGAUGAUUAUGACCCGAUACAAUGA